GCGGGUCUGCGCGCGUCGGCGUCAUGGCGCGUCUCCUUCGCGGCCCCUGGAGCCUCCUGUUCCGAAAGGCAGCCUCGCGGGCUAUAGGGGGCAGACCAGUUAGCGGUGUCUUGGGCAUCAGGGCCGGACAUGGGGACGCAGGGUCUCUUAAAAAGCAUGAGCCACCUCUUGCCAAGAGUGAGUGGCGAAAGAAGCUGACUCCAGAGCAAUUCUAUGUCACCAGAGAAAAAGGAACUGAACCGCCUUUCAGUGGGAUCUACCUGAAUAACAAGGAAUCAGGAAUGUAUCACUGCGUGUGCUGUGACAGCCCACUCUUCAGUUCUGAUAAAAAGUAUUGCUCCGGCACGGGAUGGCCCUCAUUUUCUGAGGCCCAUGGAACGUCUGGCUCUGAUGAAAGUAGCACGGGAGUCCUGAGACGUGUGGACACAUCAUUAGGAGCAGUUCGCACAGAGGUUGUCUGCAAGCGAGACUUGGCCGUUACUAACGGCACAUGGGAGCUGUUGACGCAGAAUGGUGCAGGUGGACUUUGGAUUCAGACAAACCUGGCUUCCAGUCUGAGACCCACCACUUGCCAGCUGUGCAGCCCUGGGACAGCCCUCAGAGAUGACAAGACUACGGUGACCCUCUGGGACCUCACGGUCAGCAUGAGAUCAGCCCCUGCGGCCAGCUGCAGUUUGAGUCCUGGUUCUGCCACUCACUAGCUGUAUGGCCUUAGGAAAGUUCUUUAAGUUCUAUCUGCCUCCAUUUCCUCAUGUGUAAAACUAGAUAUGACAACAACAGGGCCUACCUCAGAGGCUUGUUAGAAUGAGGAUGCAAUGUAAUGGAUGAUUUUUGCAUAGUCUGGCAUAUAAUAAUAUGUACAUUUAUUAUAUGCAUACUGGUCAAGUCUAACUGAAAUAAAAUAGAAUGUUUGUAGAUCAAAACAGAUCUUCAUAGUCAAGUCCAAUUUACCCAGAUGGGGAAAAUGAAGUUCAGAAGAAUGGGUGACUAGUUGCUGUCCAUCGAUCUGUGGAAAGAGAAUGAGGGCCACCAUCAUUGGGCUUUCUCUGGCACUUUAAGCCAUGUCGUGACAAGAAAAUCUGGAAUGCCAACAAAUUGCAAACCAGACGUCCAUCCCUUCAGCACAUACAUUCCAUGCGGUUCAACUGCCAUUCUAAGCGGAUGGUCUUGCAGUGUGUGCGGGCUCACCAGUCGCUCUUUCCUGAGGCCAAUUUGCUGCAGGCACGACAAGGUGGGCUUCAAGCACUUGGUUACCAAGCCUGGAUGCCAGAGCAUGGGAAGUGCAGAGCCCUGUGUGUUCUGCUCACUGCUGGGGAACAGGAGAGCCUGAUCCCAACUGUGGCCACUAACACAUCAAAAGCUCCAAUCCUCUGCCAGAGAAGCUUCAGGGGAGUAGAGAGUGGGCACAGCUAAGAUGUGCAGAUGGCUUGGCAGCAUGUAACCUUCGUGACCCCGGACAUCUUGUUGCUGUUCCUCAGAUUUGUUAUCUCUCCCGGGGCAGGCCGGGCACACCUACCCUCAGGGCCUGCUCAGCCCGGGCCAUACCUGACACCAGCCACCGGCUGGGAACACAGGCUUUCCUUCCACCCCUAUACCCACUCUUCCAUUUCAGAAUAACUCCUGUGUUCCUGUCACUAAAAUGGACAACAAGGAUGUUUCCAAAAGGCAAUAAAUAUAGUUUUCCUUUGAGAGGAAAUCACUUGGGUAUUGAGAAGGUUCUCCAGACACAGGAGUAUGACCAAGGAGCUUUCUGAGAAUCUUGUGUCCAUGUGCUAGGAUAUCUAGGAAAGUGUCCUAAAAGCCUGUAAACCACUAGAUAGCUUAACCGCUGUCAGAGUUCUUCUUUGUGGUUUCAAUAAUGAGAAGUCCUGAAACUCCUAUUUGAUAAAUUGAAAAAUAUGUCUCCCUUUCAAGACCCUUCUAGAAGAAAAUGGAAUAUAUCUACUUUGUUUAUAGAUUCUAUUAUAUAAGUAUGUACAUAUAUGUAUAUGUAGACUUAUGUAUGUAUGUAUAUAAAUUGUUUAAGUAAAAAUCUCU